GGAACCGGAAGUUGGGGCUCAGGGUCAUUUUAAUCCUCUGACCCUUACCCCCUUGCCCACCUCUGUGGUGUCCAGGCCGCUCUGGCUAUUCACGUGACUAUCAAAAAGAGCACGCUAUCUCAGGGUCCCCCUAUCUCAGGGUCCCCCUUGUCCCUUCUUGGCCCAGGCCUCCUCCUUCCUGUCUCAACAACAGGCUCUUUAUCACCAGGCCACUAGGGACCUUCAACAGCUCAGCUCGGGCCCCUAGUUUCGGCCAUGGGGGUGGAGUGGGAACACCUGAGCUGAGGUGGAAGUGUGUGCCUAUGUGUGUGUUGGUGGGGGGAGUCGUUUUCUAGGCCGUUGCCUUGGUAAUGCCACCUGAGCUGGGCGCCAGGCACCUGUUGUCUGGGAAACUGUAGGCGGAGCCUCUCCCCUAGGAGCUGCCAGGGUUAUUGAGCUGAGACUGGAGACAGAUCAGAUUCCGGAGAGUCCUGAGAGGGUGGGGGAGGGGGAGAGGGUUAUGAUGAUGGAUAAUGGGGGCAUAUUUUCCCCACCGUCACAGAGUGAAUUAGACAGGUGUUAAAGUGGAAGCAGGCCCAGGCUGAGAGCUCAGUAGCCCAUUUCUCUGUUCCUUUUCUGUUUGUCCUGUCUUCCUGGAAUCCCUUUGUUCCUGGGUUUCCACUUGGUCUUGGCACCCUACCCUAACCCCGAGGGCCCCCAUCCUACCCCUUUUCACCAUUGCUCUGUUUCUGCUACCCAAUGGCAGCCUCCAGGUCCCUUGCUGGGCUCCUCCCCUGCCCUAGGCCUUAAAACCCCGCCUGCAGCCAGCAGCCUCAGACGCCCCAGGUGGCACCUCACAGUUCUGUUUUGAGACAAGCUGUAUACCAACUGAGAGGACUUCAACCAAGAAAGGACGGGAGCAGCCAGCAGAGAGGAACACGGCUCUUCCAACUCCAUGGCAGGUUUGGAGGGUCUGUGAUGGGCCAAAGGCUUCCCAGAGGACACAAGCGAUCCCCUUGAGCAGCACCUAAGGACUUUUUUGUAUUCAGUGAGUAUCAGUGAGGCCUGCAGACUUGCGGUCUCUCCAGGCCUGAGAUCCACCUCCUGAGCAUUGAGACCCACCCCGAACUCUGUGCUCCCAACUCUGUUAAGUGCGUGAUUCAGGCUAAGAGCUGAGAAGACCUGAGGAGCAGAUGGCUUCAACUGGCCUUGAACUCCUUGGCAUGACCCUGGCAGUGCUAGGCUGGCUAGGGACCCUGGUAUCCUGUGCCCUGCCUCUGUGGAAGGUGACAGCCUUCAUCGGCAACAGCAUCGUUGUGGCCCAGGUGGUAUGGGAGGGGCUGUGGAUGUCCUGUGUGGUCCAGAGCACUGGCCAGAUGCAGUGCAAGGUGUACGACUCACUGCUGGCACUGCCCCAGGAUCUGCAGGCUGCCAGAGCCCUCUGUGUUGUUGCCCUUCUGCUGGCUUUGCUGGGCCUGCUGGUGGCUAUCACGGGUGCCCAGUGCACCACAUGUGUGGAGGAUGAAGGUGCCAAGGCCCGAAUUGUGCUCACUGCAGGGGUCCUUCUCCUCCUCUCGGGCAUCCUAGUGCUCAUUCCCGUCUGCUGGACAGCCCAUGCCAUCAUCCAGGAUUUCUAUAACCCGCUGGUGGCUGAAGCCCUCAAGAGAGAACUGGGAGCCUCCCUCUACCUGGGCUGGGCAGCAGCUGCACUGCUCAUGCUGGGCGGAGGGCUCCUCUGCUGUACGUGUCCCCCAUCCCAUUUCGAGCGGCCCCGUGGACCCAGGCUGGGCUACUCCAUCCCUUCCCGUUCAGGUGCUUCAGGACUGGAUAAGAGGGACUACGUGUGAGGCCGAGGCUUCCUCCAGAAGCUCAAACCUGCAGCUUUAUGCCCAGGCACUGGGCCGAACCCUUGCAUCCCUUCAUCAACCUCGUGUGCCAGGGAAGCUCACUUCUCUGUUUGGUCAGGACCUGGCUCUGGGGGAAUCUCAGCUGGUUUGUCCUGAGGCAACCAUUUGCAGCGGUUGCAACCUUGAGAAAGCGCCAAAGCUAUUGCAUACCCUGGCCCAUCCCUGCCUCCCAGGUAUUCCUGAACUGACUUACUCUCCUCUCUGUGGAGACUCUACCUUACCCCCAGGAACCUGAGCUUCAGCCUCCCAACCUUCAAAGCAAGAUGUGCACUGUGACCUAACAGCCUUCAGAUGGUCACGUUCAAUCCAACCACCACCUGAAUCCAAGCUGCUCGGUGUCCUACCCACUCCCCAACCUGAGCUGGGAAUAAACGCACAUUGUAAUGGAA